CGUGACACUGCCCAACCAUUACGGGGCGAGACACAUUUGAAAAAAAGAUGAUGUCAGGGUAAAAUGGCCGAGCUGGAUAUCGGUGAGCACUGUGAGGUUGAAACCUGUAACCAGAAAGAUUUUCUGCCUUUUGUGUGCGACGCAUGUUCCGGCGUUUUUUGCGUGGAGCACAGGAGCCGCGGGUCUCACUCUUGCUCCGAGAUCCCAGCAGUCAAGGAGGCGCCCCCUUCUGGUGGCAGUUUAUCCUACCACUGUGCUUUCGCAAACUGCAGUGGGAAGGAGCUAAUGCCGGUUGUGUGUGAACACUGUCAGAAGCACUUUUGCCUUGCGCAUCGACAUCAAGGUGACCACAAAUGUGUGAGGCUAGAAACACCUGGGCCCCGUAUGGCAGCUACCCAGGAACUUGUGAAAAAAAUUGUAGAGUCAAAGGCAACAUCGUCCACCAGCAAAGGACGGAAGGGCGCGAAGAACAGCGCCACGGCGGCCAAGGUGGCACUCAUGAAGCUGAAGCUCCACGCUGCUGGGGACAAGGGGCUGCCACAGACAGAACGAACGUACUUCCAAGUCAUUCUGCCCAAAGGCUCCAAGGAGACCAGUUCACCCAUGUUCUUCUGCUCAAAGUGGACCGUGGGCAGAGUGGUGGACUUUGCAGCCUUGCAGGCAGGCCUGAAGAACAACAACAACGUGGUAGCAGCCAAGAAGCUGAGACUGUGCCACCCGCAGACGGGCAGGGUCUUGAAGAUGGAUGACACCCUGCUCUCACUGCUGUCCCACCCAGACGCCCCGCUCUACAACGGGGGCAAUGUCAUCCUCGAGUACCUGGACAACGAUUCUACAGAGCUUCCUGACUUUGAUACAUAUCUCCCUCAAUCCUGAGGGGCCUGCAUGUCCCCAGCAAUGUUUUAUCAUGUCAUUUCCUUUAAAAUAAAUUUUUUGCAUAUGAUAACAAUUUUCUAUGUGUUUCUUGUUUUUUUCUGUUUUUUUAUUUUGCACAUAUUGGGGGUAGUUGCAGGGAGGUGAAAAAAAGACUUUAAGGGCGGUUUAAAAAUUGAGCGUGUGUUUCAGGAAAGUGCUCUGAAAUACUAUGUAUGACGCUGUGGCCUCACUGCUCCAGGCGUUUUUGGAGUUUUCAUUCCCUCCCCCAGUUACUCAUGUAGAGUUCCCUCCAGUUUCAUCUCAGAGUUAACUGGAAUCCCAUUCAGUGUCUCCCCCGCCUCCUUGUUCCCUGUGAUGGACUGGCAUCCCGUCCAGGGUCUCCUACCUUGGCUCCGUUUUCUGGGAGAGAUUCCAGGUUUACCAGGAACAUUUACUGGAUAAGUGGAAACUGCAAAUGGAUGGAAUUAUGGUUAAUUUCAGUGAUCAGAGGUGAGACUAAUCCUAAAUAAAUGAGUGGCUGUUAAAUGUUAAGUUAAUUAGUACUCAUUUUCCUCCUACUGUACAUAAUACAUUGUAAGCGACA